AUGGAAGGCUCGAGCCAGGAUCAACACUCAAACUCUCCCAGUAUUCUACUUGCGCUUCCUCUGGAGAUUUGUAUUGAAAUACUCGCUUCGCUCGACGCGCGCUCUGUUCUCUCCUGCUCUGAGACAUGCAAGCAACUGAACGCCCUCGUGUCUGCAUCUGUGCCCCUGCAGUAUAAACUCGCCCUCGCCGCAACCGGUAUGAUUGACGGACCGCCCUCUUUCCCUCUCACUGCAUCAGAACGCCUCUCCGUCCUCGACUCUCGCCGCGGACGAUGGCGCGAUCCAAUUAUAGGUCCACCCGACGCCUCCAUUCGCCUGCCGCGGCAGGGAACAGGCUACGAAUUCGCUGGCGGAUAUCUUGGCCGAUGCUUCCCGCACAACCAAAGUGAAAUCUCAGCCGAUGAUGCCCAACAAUUCAAGCUCGUGACGCUGCCUUCGCGUACUCCCUACAGAGAGGCGAAUGUGGAGACCUAUGAUCUCGGGCACAUCGCGAUCGAGUAUCACACGUUUGACCCAUCGCAAGAUCUACUCGUGUUACUCGAAAGAGUUCGCGAGGACGGGAACAUCAAAGUCCAUUUACGAAGGCUUAGCAUACCCGGAACGGCACAUCCCGAUGCUACCUCCGCAUUGCUCUCGAGCCAUGCAGACAACACUGAGUUUGUCAUGGACUACGAACUGCAUAUCGCUGACGACGUCGUCGCGUUGUUCUGGCGUGGCCCCGCAUCAGGAGUUAUUGUCUUCAACUGGCGCACAGGAGAAGAACUAGUUAAUAUGAAUCCAAAAUACACUCGGCACCCCCAAGACUUCGCUUUCCUCUCCCCACGCGCCUUUCUCAUAACCUACAGCAUCGACGACAUCGUAAUCCGGCUCUUCUCCUUCACCUCUCCCUCUGAGUCCAACUCCAAAGAUCUCCCUAUCACAGCAACAAUUCGCCUUCCGCCUCCCGUGUCCGGCGCCUUCCUCAUAUUCCUGCACGUCAGCACAAGCCCCUGGCUCUCCCACGCCCCACAAACAGCCCACUAUCCCUCCAACGACCGCCGCAUCUUCACAUUCUCCCUCGCCAUCGAAGACUCUCAACAAGACCGCCACGAGCUGUGCAUAACAGUCCUCUCCCGCACCCUAAACGCCAUCCUCAACGUCGCGCAAUCCCGCCGCGCAUCGGGCGAACCACCCGAGCGCCUGGUAUGGGAUUGGACGUCUUGGCUCCCGCCCUGCGCACGCGUCCUAGCUCUUCCCCGAUCAUUCGGGUGGAGCCGACACGUCCACGGCGCACGCAUGCUCGCACGGAACGAGCGUGGCCUCAUGAUCCUCGACUUCGACGUCCCGUUCAAAGACCGUUCGGAUGAACACUGGUCUUCUGAACAUAUGAGCUCGCCCGGAGACGAAGGGGAGAAAUUCAGAUACUUUGAUGGAGAGCCUGGGGUGCUCAACAUACGGGGGUUGUUGGACGUUAGCGCUAUGAGCGAGGUCUAUGGGAAUGUUUGGAAGGAGGGUGAGGAGGAUGGGGACACGAUGGACUCGAUGCUUAUGUCGGCGUUGCCGUAUGGAUGCGUGUGUGUUCCUGCACCGGAGCCGGGUGUAGGGGAGUAUUCGAGUUUUAUGUUGGAUGAAGAGAGGAUCGUUGGUGUGAGGAAGGUUCUCGAUGGGGAGGUUCUAGACGUAUGGGCAUUCUAA